AUGGACGUGCUGGGCCCCCUGGAGCUGCCCGAGGGCUCCCUGUGCUCGCUGGCGGCGGCGGCGGCCGACGACUUCUACGACGACCCCUGCUUCGACACGCCCGACCUGCGCUUCUUCGAGGACCUGGACCCGCGCCUGGCGCACGCGGGGGGCCUGCUGAAGGCCGACGAGCCCCCCGCCCGCGGCGGCCGCGAGGACGAGCACGUCCGCGCGCCCAGCGGCCACCACCAGGCCGGCCGCUGCCUGCUGUGGGCGUGCAAGGCGUGCAAGCGCAAGACCACCAACGCCGACCGCCGCAAGGCCGCCACCAUGCGCGAGCGGCGCCGCCUGGGCAAGGUCAACGAGGCCUUCGAGACGCUCAAGCGCUGCACCUCCGCCAACCCCAACCAGCGCCUGCCCAAGGUGGAGAUCCUGCGCAACGCCAUCCGCUACAUCGAGAGCCUGCAGGCCCUGCUGCGCCAGCAGGACGACGCCUACUACCCGCCGCUGGAGCGCUACGGCGGCGACUCGGACGCCUCCAGCCCCCGCUCCAAUUGCUCCGACGGCAUGCUGGAUUACAGUGGACCUCCAUGCAGCUCCCGCAGAAGGAGUAGCUAUGAUAGCAGUUACUAUACAGAAACUCUAAGUGAUUCACUGAUCUCCUUGUCCUUAGAUGCAAAGCAAGGGAAGAGUUCGGUUGUUUCCAGCCUGGAUUGCCUAUCGAGCAUCGUGGAGCGGAUUUCCACGGACACCUGUCCCACCCUGCCCCCAGUUGAAAGUGGAACCGAGGGGAGCCCUUGCUCACUCCAAGAAGGGGCCAGCCUGAGCGACACUGGGGCCCAAAUUCCUUCCCCGACUAGCUGUCCUCAGCUUUCCCAGGACUCUACCUGCAAUAGUGCCAGCAAUCCAAUCUACCAAGUGCUAUAAAGCCACAGUAGACACAGCGAUUGUGACAUUGGCUCAGAGGCAGCCACCAAAUCAACUGGAACCUGCCUUUGAAAGACUGAAGAAAGACAAUACAGUGUUAUUCUAACCACUUUUAAAAUGUAUCUAAUAAUUCCUAAUUUCAAGCUUGUAUUACUUUUAAACACACUUAUUUAUUGGUUAUAAACAAAAGUUAUUUAAUUUGUAUAGAAGGCAGAAGUACGUGUAUCAUGAAAUGGCCAAUGUUUAACCUGUGCUUUUAAAAAAAGGGAAACCGUGUUCUUGAGGGUAUCCUGAGACC